GAAGCGUUGGUGCUUCUGCUUUUGCUGUGGUUUCCUCUCAUGCGCUGUCCCUUGUGUUAAAGCUUAACCGUUUUUCAAGUAACGGCUCUCACGUUAGCAUUCUUGUAGGUACCUCAGUUACUCGAGCUCUCUCCAACAACAGUCUCCGGAGCACUUGGUCAGUAGGUGAAUGCCCUGGGAUGAUGAAGACACUUCUGUGUUUGCCACACUCAGCCUGGCCGAGAUGAGCAGGCAGAGGCCUAAUGUUUAGAUCCACAGCAUUCGGUCGCAGUGUGGAGCCAAAGGAGGUGAACAUUUUGAUUUGCCUGAAGGAAUUCUAUUGUGUUUUUAUGGUGAUUGUUAGCAUUGUAAGUAGUAUUUCUGGUUCUCCUUUUACCAAGCACAGCUUUGUGUGCAUGCAUGGGGUUUCUCUCCAUUUUGAAACUGUGAGGAGAUAUCUCAAUACAGGACAUCUUCCCCUUCUUAUUUAGUUGGCUUUUAAAUAUAAUUUUGCUUCUUGCAACACAUUUGGGCUUUUUCCCCAAUUCGGAGUUUCACCGAUUUACGAAAUCUUUUAAAUCACGUACUGCUUGUAGUUGUCAGUGUGACGUCUUGAAUUUUGCUGUACAUGUAAGCAUCUCAUCAAAGAGAUGCUUAUCCUCCUCUUCUGACCCUGACUGGCUGUGGACACAUAUAACCUCAAAGAGCAGCUGGAGUAAACUGAGUCCACUGACCAAGAUCCAUAGUUCUGGGAUUUGUAACUGGCCAUAGCCGAAGGAGGCUGGGAUCCUGGAAUUCCUACGGAAGGUUGUGAUGGGUAAUGUGGCAGGUGGUGUUGAACAGCAUGAGGGUGUGGAGCGCCAGGUUUCAGCAGGUGGGGGGAACCCUACUCUGGGUACUCCGAAGAGGAAGACAGCCCCUCCCAAACUGCCCAUGCCUGCGGAGGAUGAGCUGGAGGAACGCUUCAGCAUGGUUUUGAACUCGAUGAACCUCCCUCCGGAUAAGAUGAUGCUCUUGAGUCAGUAUGACAAUGAGAAGAAAUGGGAACUGAUCUGUGAUCAGGAGCGUUUCCAGGUGAAGAAUCCUCCGUCAGCAUAUCUGAAUAAGAUCCGAAGUUUCUACCAGGACCAAGGAGGAGUGACGCGCAGGUUUAAGAGGCGGAUCCAGGAGUCCACUCAGGUGCUCAGGGAGCUGGAGAUCUCUCUAAGGACCAAUCACAUCGGAUGGGCGCAGGAGUUUCUGAAUGAAGAGAAUCAGGGUCUGGAUGUGUUGGUGGAGUAUCUGUCCUAUGCUCAGAGCGAAACCUCGUUUGAGACAGAGCCCGUGGAGAAUGGAGGCUCGGUGACAAACAACAGGAAGCUUUCAGAGAUGUCAGUGGAAGACCUGACCAAAAACACCAGCCAAUCGGCAACCCAGGGCAUGACCAGGGCCGCCCGUGCCUUUACUGUCCGGCUGAGUCACCUGGGCAGGAGGUCUCUGAAAAGCACUCGCUCGGCCUCUCAAAGAGACGAUGUCCAUGUCUGCAUUAUGUGUCUGCGAGCCAUAAUGAAUUACCAGUCUGGAUUUAACUUAGUGAUGAGUCAUCCUCGCUGUGUCAAUGAAAUCACGCUCAGUCUCAAUAACAGGAACCCGAGAACUAAAGCUUUAGUGCUGGAGCUGUUGGCCGCAGUGUGUCUCGUAAGAGGUGGACAUGACAUCAUUAUUUCAGCUUUUGACAACUUUAAAGAAGUGAGUGGAGAGAAGAACAGGUUUGAGAAGUUAAUGGAGUACUUCGCUUGUGAUGACAGCAACAUUGACUUCAUGGUGGCUUGUAUGCAGUUCAUCAACAUUGUAGUUCACUCUGUGGAGAACAUGAACUUUCGAGUGCAUCUUCAGUAUGAGUUCACCUAUCUGGGCCUGGAUGAGUAUCUAAAGGACCUGAAGCUGACAGAGAGUGAGAAGCUUCAGGUGCAGAUCCAGGCAUAUCUGGAUAACGUGUUUGAUGUGGGCGCUCUGUUGGAGGACGCAGAGAAUAAAGGGGGAAUGUUGGAACACAUGGAGGAGUUACAGGAGCUCACCGCACAGCUGAAUGCUAAGGUUCAAGAGUAUGAGAGUGGAGCGAUAGAGAAAGUGACUGAAUUGGAGCAGCAACUCAUGCAGGCCACUAAAGAGGUUGCUCUGCUGAAGGAGAGCUUGCGUGAGUCCUGUGCUCAGGUGAGCGUCCUGCAGCAGCGCGAGCGCGAGCGUGAGAUCGAGAGGGAGCGCGAGAGGGAGCGCGAGCGUACGGUGCCGCUCUCGCACCGAGAUGCGGAGGAGGCCAGAGAGAGAGACCAAGAGGAGCGCAGGAGAUCCCGGCUGGAGGUGCGUCUGAGGGAGCUCCAGGAGAAGGGCCUGCUCCGCCUGGAGAGGAGAGCGUCAGGCUCUCUGGACAUCGAGGUCAUCCCCGUCACCGUAGUGCCAGCGGUCCCUGUUCCUGAACCAGACUCCGGAUCUGCCAAUCAAGCGGCACCUCUUCAUCCACCAGCUCCGCCUCCUCCCCCUCCCCCUCCUCCUCCUCCUCCUCCAUUACCUGUAUCUUCAGAUCCAUGCACACAAGCUCCACCUCCUGGUCUGGUCCCACCCCCACCUCCUCCACCACCUCCUCCCUUACCUGGUACAUGCUCAACUAAUGGCCCGCCUCCUCCCCCGCCCCCUCCCUUUGCUCUGGUUGGACCUCCUCCACCAGGACCUCCUCCACUGGGACCUCCUCCACCUGUUGAUGCAGAUGUGAAAAAACGGAAGGCCAUCCAGACCAAGUUCCGCAUGCCUCAGCUAAACUGGCAGGCGCUCAAACCAAACCAAGUGGAGGGUACAGUGUUCAGCGAGCUGGAUGAUGAGCAGCUGUUAGGAGAGUUGAACAUGGACAUGUUUGCGGAACAGUUUAAGACGAAGGCACAGGGCCCGCCGACCGACCUGUCCAAGCUGAAAGUGAAGGCCAGUAAAGCCCCCGUCAAGGUGUCCCUUCUGGAGGCCAACAAGGCCAAGAACCUGGCCAUCACCCUGCGCAAGGCAGGCAUGAGCCCGGCCGACAUCUGCACCGCCAUCCAAACGUAUGACCAGCAGGCUCUGAGCUUGGACUUCCUGGAGCUCCUGGAGCGCUUCAUUCCGUCCGAUUAUGAACUGAAGCUGAUGCAGAACUACGAGAAGGAAGGGCGCCCCCUCGAGGAGCUGGCCGAGGAGGACCGCUUUGUGAUGCGCUUCGGCAAGAUCCCGCGGCUGGCCCAGCGCAUCAGCACCCUCACCUUCAUGGGCAACUUCCCUGACAGCGUGAAGCGCCUGCGGCCGCAACUGGACUCCAUCAUCGCAGCCUCUGUGUCCCUCAAGUCUUCCAUGAAGCUGAAGAAAAUGUUAGAGAUCAUCUUGGCUUUUGGGAACUACAUGAACAGCAGUAAGAGAGGAGCGGCCUACGGCUUCCGUCUGCAGAGUCUUGACCUGCUGUUGGACACAAAGUCCACAGAUCGCUCACAGACGCUCCUGCACUUCAUAGCGAACAUGGUGCGGGAGAAGUAUCCGGAGCUGGUCUCCUUCCACACGGAGCUGCACUUUGUGGACAAGGCCGCACUGGUGUCCCUGGACGGCGUCCUGCAGGACGUGCGUUCUUUGGAGCGCGGGAUGGAGGGGACAAAGAAGGAGUUCCUGGUGCAGGAUGACAUCCCAGCGCUGAAGGAGUUUGUCAAGGUCAACAGCGAAGUGCUAGAGUCCCUGGUAAAAGACGGCAAGGCAGCCCAGGAGGCGUAUGGUUCAGUGGUGGAGUAUUUUGGCGAGAACCCAAAGACCACACAGCCCUCUACAUUCUUCCCUCUCUUUGUCAGAUUUGUUAAAGCCUACAAGCAAGCUGAGCAGGACAUGGAGCAGAAGAGGAAGCAGGAGAUCGCAUCAGAGGAGCAGCCCAUCCCAUCACCCAAGAAGAAGGACAUCACGCCCCAAAAGGGUCCCAUGAUGCCCAAGAUGCCUCAGAUGGAUCUGAUAGCAGAGUUGAAGAAGAGGCAGGUGAAGCCGCAGGUCACAGAUGGAGCCAUCGAGGGCAUCAUUACAGACUUGAGAAAUUCUCCAUACAGGAGAGCAGAUGGCCGAAGACCUGCUCAGCGACAGGAAAACUAAGAGUUCAAAGGUUGCGUUCACACAUAUGCAUGUAAACCAGAACAGCC